CGAGGAGCGAACACCGCCAGGGCGGAAGUAGCUCGCGGCGUGUGGGCGGGGCUCGGCAGCAUGUCGGCGGCGUUGCUGCGGCGCGGCCUGGAGCUUCUGGCGGCGUCGGAGGCCCCUCGUGCCGCCCCCGGCCAGGCCAAGGCGAGCGGGGCUCCGGUGAAGCGGACCCGGAGGGCGAGGGCGAAGGCCUCCCAGGCCCUGAAACUACGGAACUCAGCGAAGGGAAAGGUGCCUAAGUCCGCGCUAGCCGAGUACCAGAAACGACAAUGUCGAGACCACCUCAGAGCAAACCUGAAGUUUAUGACCAGCGUGAGAAGCACCGUGCCAGAGUCUGUGACCCAGCAGAUUCUGCAGCAGAACCAGGGCCGCAAAGCUUGUGAUCGGGUAGUGGCCAAGACACAAAAGAAGAAGAAGAAGAAGGCUGAGGGCACUGUGUUCACUGAAGAGGACUUCCAGAAGUUCCAGAGGGAAUAUUUUGGCAGCUAGGCUUCCCGGAGGAAUGAUGGGGACAAAAGACUAACCUUUGACUGCUGUACAGCUGCUGUCUCUGCGGCUGUGCUGGAGGCGACCAGCAGGUGGCAGUGCAAGCCAUCCUGGCUCAGGAGGCCCUGGAGCUGGUAUCCCAGGGCCACUGGAAUAGAGCUGUGAGCGCGGGGGCAGAUACGCCCUCAAAUUGAAGUGGACUUCUGCUGGUUUGGUCGGAGCCAUCUGUACCCUGCCAGAAAAGAUUGUGACCUGUUAGCUUUGACCAGGAUAGGACCCUAGGGCUAUUUGCUGUGAAACGGCGAGGUGCAUGGCCCUCUCAGACCAUACCUCCAAGAGCUACUAGUCGAUUGUUGGGUUCAAGUAAAUGUGAAUUUGAGCAAA